AUGCAGGAGAAACGAAGGCAAGGAAGCAGGUGGAUAGAGGAUCUCUGCAGAGCUGCCGCAGGGCUCGCUGAAUUGACGGAGUGCUGUACUUUUGUUAGAAUCGACCAGAUACGUCCAGAUCCUAAUGUGCCCUGCUAUCCUCUGGACGAGAUCCUGUCUAUUGCACAUGACGUGACGCUUUCCAGAGCUCAAUAG